AUGAGAGAGGAAAUUGGAUCAUCUAUUAUGGAGAGCUCGCACCUUACUUCUAUAAAAAAUAGACUUUUGUCUUCAGAAAAAUUCAACCGCUCACUGCUAAAUACGCGUGCGCCGCCAUGGGCUUUUCAAAGCAUCAACAGCCCUGUGCUCUCUACGUUUAGUCGACUACUAGAUAUUAACUUUGAUGUGGACAAAGGAAUCCUACACUCAGCCCCGCUAAAGACGAAGGAAACCGUAGAUUCUAAGCCAAAUGGUGACAAUGACAAAGCUAUCCAUACAGACCAAGCUCAGCUCUCAUGUAGCUGGUUCAAACCUGCUUCUGUUCCCUCAGAAAUAGUGGCGUUUGUUCCAACGGUUGUGUCCGAGCAGGACACUUUCCUGCCAAAACUUUUAAACGUGGGCAGCUUCACCGGCGCAUUUAAAAAGGAUACUCAUGCUCACACCAUAUUCAAAUCUGAGUUGCUACAAUUGGUAGCUUCUUCAAUCGCCGAAGGUGGGUUUCUGAAGAAAGCUGAAACGAAAGCAUUAUUCGGUCAAUUGCUGAACUGUUGCUCUGUUUCCGACCCAGAAUUUAUUUUGAAGGUUGCUGUUUAUUGCCGCCUCGAGUUGAACAUCCGAACAACCGCGAACCUGCUUAUGGCUUAUGGAUGCAUCGCCAAGUCGUGUCAUCCUUUUAUUGACAAAUAUUUCUCUGCUGUUAUUUGCCUUCCUACCGACUGGACAGAGGUUGCCGAGUACUAUGAGGCAAUGUGUUAUGUGUUAGGUAAAAAACCCUCCUAUCCAAAAGUGCUGCGUCGUAACAUGGUGCAGAAAUUUUUAGAAUUCGAUGAAUACCAACUGGCAAAAUAUAAUAGGAAGAAGUCGAGACUUGGCCACAAACGAAAGAUGAUAGAUAUGCGCUCUGAAACCGCCAGCGAACCGGUUCCCGUAUCUGAAUUGCUGAAGCAUUUGCGGCCGAUACCAGUGACUUUUCAGUAUCUCAUCCGCUUGUUACACAUUCACCGCCCAACCUCCUCAGUCAUGUGUUUAUUGGGGAAAACCUAUCCUACGAACGCCUCUGAUUUUUUCAAAGCUGGUAUGGAUGGCGUUUGGGAUUCCACUUUAUCUGGAACACGUAUGAAGUUACCUACUCCACUGACUUGGGAGACCGAAUUGUCAACAAACAAGAAUUGUGCUCUGGUUUGGGAGAAAAUUAUUUCCUCAGGGAAAUUACCGUAUAUGGCUAUGCUACGUAAUUUGCGAAAUAUUAUCAAAUGCGGUGUCAAUAUGGACACGCAAGAGGAAAUUAUAAAGAAGCUCACAAAUCCCCACUCAAUUAUUGCCAGCAAGCAGUUUCCCUUCCGGUUUUUCUCCGCGUACGCAGUGCUUGAUCAACUGGAGCAGAAUUUGCGUUAUAAUGGCUUUCUUAUUCGCCAAGCGCGCCGAUCAAGAAGAAAGGGAACUUCGGAGAAAGAAAAAAGCAAUGAUAUCAAAAACAAAUGCAUUUGUCGCCUUCCCUACUCCUCCGAACUGCUGAGAGCUUACCGGCUAGCUUUGAAUGUGGCGGUGGAUAUAUCGAUACGGCAUAGCCUACAUCCAAUUCGGGGAUCAACGCUGAUUGUCUGCUCGGUGAAGGACGAACGGAAUAACACUUGCAUCUCCCGCGGCAUGGGCAAGAAUCUUAGGAGUAUUGGCAUCCUCCUCGGAAUGAUGUGUGCCACCUGCUGCGAGUCCUGUUCCAUGUAUGUGUCUCGACCGGAUGGAACAGGUCUGAUCCCACUACAUCAAUACAUGCGUCACGGAUGCAGUCCCACAAGCGAUGACAGCAUUCUUGGAAUGGUACAAUCGCUGUGUACUACCGAAGAUGUGUCUUAUUGCCUAACCGCGGAAGACUUGGUCCAGUACCUCUGUUCUAGUCGGCAACAGCUUCGUACCAUCUUCUUGAUUGGCUCGAUGAUUCCAGAAUUAUCGCUUUACGUCACAAAUUAUCGACAGAUUUUUGGCCGUAUAAAUGCCAUUUGGGGUAAUCUGAAAGGAACCGAUGAUUGGCCCAAUGCUGCUGGUGAUCCGAAGGAUUGGGUCAUUAUGAAGGGCACCACCGAUAUGGUUUUACGUUACAUUGCCGAGGCAAGCGACAAGGGUCUUUUGGAACGUGUCGAAAGAAUCGAUGAACUUUAUGGUCUAACUACACGGUCGCGCGCGGUGUCAUCCAAACUACAAUCUUUACAGCCAGAUAUCCCACUAGAUCGACCUUUGAAUGAGUGGCGUUCGUGCAAAAUAUUCAUAUCCUCGACCUUUCGAGAUAUGCAUGCUGAACGAGACCUCAUAUGCGGCGUGAUCAUCCCCUCCAUCAGACAGUUUGCCGCUCGAGAACUGUGUGUCCAUGUAGACGAGGUAGACCUACGUUGGGGUGUACCAGAGAUCGCCACCCGCAGCCCACGUGCUCUGGAAAUGUGCCUUGAACAUGCAGCCACUGCUGACAUCUUUGUACUUUUGGCCGGUGGACGUUAUGGAUGGGUCCCUAAGCCCGCUCUUCUGGAUCGUUUAAGUGAACCGCUAUUGUCUCAAAUUAAGAAGCUACAUCAGCCUGGUAUGUCAGUCACUGAACUGGAGUACCGCAUUAUCAAACAAGCCAUCGUACUACGCGUUCCACCACAUCUGAGACGUAAAGGGGCUUUUGAUGAAAAAGAAGCCGUCACACGCCGCGUGUUCGCCUUCCUUCGGGAUUCCGACUCGUUGAGGAGUGUACCUGAAAUCCACCUCCCUGACUUCGAGGAACAGCACGCGGAGAAGUACAAGCGAUUGCAAGCCUUUAAGACACUGUUGAAAAACGACGGCGUAGUUGUAUCCGAAAAUUACCCCGCUUGGUACAAUGGUGUUGUUACCAACAGGCCGGUGAUGGGUAACCUCACACAAUUUGCAAAAGAGCUGACUGAUUGUCUGCGCAACGCAUUACGCGAACAGUUCAAGCCACAGGUUUUAGAACCAUCCUCUCCGCGUCACUUAGAAAUCUCUGCAAGGGCAAUUUCACAUGAUAAAUUUUUGGCCACUUACGUCAGUCCCAUCGCCUACUCCAUCUCGUCAAGACAACUUUUGGAACUUAAAAGAGCAUUUCUGGAACUAGACGUUCGUGGUAAACAGUGCCAUACUUUGAGAAUGUUUGCUGACCAGAAGAAUGCUGCCAACGCCGGAAAGAACUUCAACAUGGAACACAAGAUCGAAGCUGAUGGAGCCAUUUUACUUAUCACUGGCUCCCAUGGUUCUGGAAAAACCACUCAUUUAGCGGCCCUGACAAUGUUGUUGAGGUACCCACAUUGGCAGCCCCAGCAGUUCAGCAAGGAUUUCCCACCAAAAAUGGCCAGUCUUCUGGGUUCAACGGGCCUCCGUUCAACUUAUACCGUUUCCGCCGAAUCGGACACGCUCAGCUCUAACUUGGUUGGAUACAUCGUGCUGCCCCACUUCGUUGAAGGUGUCGCCGCUUCCGGCCUGCCUCCGAAUUUCCGUCUCGUUUCCCUACUGGACGACUGGUCCGACCAACUGGUUCAUUGCGCCGAGCUGCUUUCACAGUACUCUCCGAUCGCAGAAAAGAAAUUGAAUAAGCUGAAGAAUUCAUCGGACAACAUGGAUACUCGGUCUUCUGAUGCCUCUUUAGACGCUCUCUUAAGGUCCAAGGUGUCCCGGUUUACCGAACUGCUAAAAUUGUCCUCAAUGUUUCCAACCAUGCGAUACGCCUUCAUGGUAGAUGCAGUAGACCGCCUUCAACCCUUCACACUGGACUGGCUGCCGGAAAUUUUACCCGAAAACGUCCGGUUCAUCUUUAGCUGUGAUGCUAAAUCAGCCGCAGCGCGACAACUAGCCACUCGUCCUGACUGCAUAGCAUUCACUAUUUCUGGUCUGAACUUGAUGGAGCGAAAAGCGGCCAUUCGCAAUUUGUUUGGACGCUACGGAAAGGUUUUGCGAGAGUCUGCUAUCGGUAAUCAACUGUCUGUGUUGGCGAACAAGAGGAACGCAGAACUUCCACUCUACUUGAGACUCGCUUGCGACGAGCUUCGCUUGUACGGCACUUACGAAGAACUUGACAACCAGCUGAAAGCACUGCCGAGCACCAUACCAAGCCUGGUACAAUGUGUCAUUGCUCGAACUGAAACCGAGUGCGGAUCACGCAUAACACUAGCGACUCUCGCUUUCAUCUGUUGUUCUCGACGGCCGUUAACAAUGGAGGAGCUACACAUUUUGCUAGACACCUGGCUUGCCGACCCUAACCACAUAUCCGAAGAACCGAAGACCGGUGAGAGUUUAACCUGGUCAUCCUUGUGCCAUGGACUGUGCGAUUUAAGUGAUUCCAAAGAGAUGCUUGAAAGAGAGCUGCUGAUCGCUCAAUUGUUGUCGUCAAACUGGUCCGUGCAGUCUAAGACAGUUCAGCUUCAAGGCCAUCUGCCCUCCCUCGCCUUCACUAUCCUCAUUAGGCGUCUCAGUCCCCUGUUUGCAGGGUUCGGGGAUCAAAGCGACGAUAUACAUGCUGAUGAGGAAAGCAUUGUCUCCGAUGAGCACCUCAAACUCCGGGGUUUGAUCCGGUUCCGGAGUGAAGAUAUUGCCUCAGUUGUUCGCGAGGUUGUAUUUGGCAAAGUUGAUCGACUGCAUUCAUAUUCUCUUCUUGGAUUCCAUCGCCCCACGUCCGCAUAUGCUACAAAUUUCCAGAACAAGCGUUUCAGACCCGAAAAGCUGGAGGAUACCGAAGAAAUCAAGGAAAUCGAUGAGAAAUACGUUCAUUGGAUCUUGGCUACCAAGUUAAUUGACCCACGGGACAUAAUUCAUCACUUCAUACGUGCUGGGAAGUUAACCAUCGCUCAUCAGCUCCUUACAAGUGCAGUUUUCUUGGUGGAAAAGUUGCGCACUGGAUUGGGAGAUUCCAUCAUGGAAGAUUUCGACGAAUGUGAAUCAAGUGACUCUGCACAGCAAUCGUUUUGGAAGUGGGAUAACGCCAGCCAACCUAACAAGACUCGUGACCGACUUAAGUCGAUGCUGUGGUUCAUCGGAGCCAAUCUUCCCUUUCUGACAAGGUAUCCAUGUUUAUUCGGGGAACUUUGUAUCAACAAUCGUUCGAGUUCCUGGAUCCAACAGCUUGGAUUUGCUUACCUCACACUUUCUGCAUCACAAAAGUGCAAAGAAAACGGACCCGACGUACGGCUUCUUGUGCGCCGGAGCCACGCUUCUGACUUUACUGAUGAAGCACGGCGUCUCGCCCCCGUGGUUGUUCAGAAUCCGGCAUCAACGAGUCAGAUUACGGAAGCUCCCACCACUGUGACCGUCAGUCCUAAUGGCCAGCUAUUAGUAUAUGGCUCACAAUCCGGAUCUAUCACAGUCGUGGAACUGAAGACACUGAGGGUCCUGCGGUCGUUGUUCGGCCAUCGAAGUGCCGUACUCUGCCUCUGCUUCUUAUCAACGGAGGAGAGCAGUGCUGAUUUCCGUUCGGACAUCAAGUCUUUCUCUAAUGACUCGAGAUUCAGACUAGCCAGUACCGCGCAAGACAGUUCCGUUUACCUGUGGGAUAUUGCAAUCGGCUUGAACAGCCUCGGAAAAUGCGAAUUAACUACGGGUGCAAAAAUCGCAUCUCUUGGUGGUUCUCACAGAAACGCAGUUACUUCUUGCGCGUGGCACCCUGGAAGACAUAUUUUAGUCACCGGCGGUUUGGACUGUCAGAUCAUUUUAUGGACGCUGCCCACAAAUUUAGAUGAUCUGACCCGACUCCAAUUCGGUUCUCAGUCUUCGCUACCUCCUCACAAGUCAAUGAGUGACGGAUUGGGUCCUGUUAGUGCGGUCGCGUUUCGUCUACCAGAGUCUGAUCACUCCGCGUCCUCUCACCCACGUGAUGUAUUGGCUGUGGGAUCUUGGGAUGGCACAGUACAUAUCCUCGAUAUGGUUACGUGGAGAUUUUGUAAGAGAUUACACGUUUCAUCCUCGGCCAUAUCAUCCAUUGCCUACUCCCUGGAUGGCGGCGCGGUAUUGGCAACACAAGACGUAGCGGGCCAAUUGUUCCUGUGGAAUAGCGACACAUAUUCUUUACUCAGUGGUAUUACACCAAAACUUACAAGGCUACCGACUGGCGAUGAAAACGAAACACCCGACUUAAGUGAUUGUUUGAGUGGCCAAAUCUGCUUCUCACGCCCUCAUGGUCAUUUUCUAAUUCAAUCUGGAGGAAUUCACAACAAAAAUGGACAAAUAUCCGUGUGGAACGCGCAGCUCGGCAAUUACUUGAGCCCUUGGAGAAACUCAAGUUCUUGGCGCCAUGGAACUCAUUCCGUCGCUGAAGUCACUUCAUUUGACACGGAUCCUUUCGGACACAUUUCGGUUGUGGGAACAAAUGACGGUGUUUUUGCUUUGAUUUGUAGUCGAUCCUCUACCGUUUUAUACUCAGCUGCUCAAAACACACGGUCUCGUUUGCAGGCUUGUAGCUGUGGCGUCAUUGCCAACAAUGUCGAAAAUACGUACAGAUUGUUAGUCGCUCUUGGCUUCUCAUCGGGCUUGGUUCAGGUAUAUGUAGCCGACAUCAUACGACCGAAUAACUUCAACACACAUGACAUAUCUGCAAACUGUACCUGCCGUCUUUCUGCGAUCAACCUCUUACACUCGUCAUUUCAUCACACGGAUGCAGCUACUGGUACCGCGGUCGCUCGCGGUGGGGGCACUCUUUGUACCGCCAUGGAAGGUUUUGCAAUUGCAAGUGGCGGAGGCGAUGGCUCUUGUUAUCUUAACUUCUUCCAUGAAGGUGAAGACGGUACAGUACAGCAUGUCAACUGCUUGAAGCUCCCCGAAUUUCAAUCUGCGGUUACCGCCAUUUCGCUUGGGGGCUCGUUACUGGCCGUAGGCACGAAGCUUCGGAUCCUCAAAAUAUUUGCAUUAAUGGAAGAUUCUACAUUGACUUCCUUCUGCCCUGAUGUCAUCAACGCUGCGAACGACUGGAUCACCGCUUUGGCUUGGGAUAUAAUUUCCCCUGUCCAGCAUUAUCUUCUAGUUGGGAGCAAUGAUCACAUGGUCCGCUUGUAUGCUGUGUUCAAGGAGAAUAUGCCCCAGUUACUGGACACUGUCGAUGGCCCCGGAGGAGUUAUCAGUUGUCUAAGCUCUGAGGCUCAGUAUGUUGCCGCCGGCUCUGCUGAAGGCGCCGUGAAGAUUUGGAGACGUACGAAGGAAAACCGUUUGGAGCAUGUCAGCCGACUGGAUUUCAGCGAGCAGCCCACAGACGGAAGAACUGGACGCAUAGUAAAUUUGAAGCUAUUUGGUAUAAACUCCACCGAAACCAGGCAGUUCGCGCCUCUUGCUAAACUCUCGGAUGAGGUUACAAUGACCAUCGAUAACUAUCAUGCUCUGAUGAGUUUACCAUUUGUACCAACAAACGAUGAGAAAACUGAAUUAAUACCCAGUCUGAAAGCCUGCUCCCUGAGCACAUCAAAUGAGGACGUACCGCCAGCGUACACGUUGGAACAAGAGGGGGAAUCUGAGGUGGACAAAUACAGUGCUACCGCGACAAAUGCCAGUGAAUUGGAAUCGGAACUAGCGACGGUUGAGAUGUCCGACGAAUGCACCGUAGUUUCACAAGAAGAAUCACCACAAACAAAUCCGGCAGCUCUCGCGGGUAUUUUCCGCUGUUUACCCAAAAAACGUCGUUCGUGUAUUUUUUCCAUUGGACAGAAUCGCCGGAGCAUUUCAUCACAAGCCCGGACUGCCUCCAGUUUGCGCUUGAUUGUUGGCCAGCACAUCAUGCCGAAUGCUUUGAGCACAAAACUCUCCAGUGACAUCCUCCGAUUCCGCUUCCUGGCUCCAUUAAUGCUUGAGUGUCGAGCGCUAUUGGAUGGCCAUCCGGUUUCUGUUGCGACUGGUCUUGCGACCUGUGACCCUACAAAUUCUGGUUCAGACUCCUUGUUGGUCAGUGUGGCUCCACGCGACGAACUGUGUGAGAGUAUGCAGGGUCAUGACGUUCGUUAUUGGUGGCUACCAAGCUCACAAGAUAGUGCGACAGCCACUCCACUGCAACAUUCUGAUCGCGUCACCUGUCUUGCUGGAGUACAGCUAAGUGAUGCCAACUACCUACUCUUAUCCGGUGGUGCAGACGGUUGUGUGCUGUUUUGGCACUCGACUAGUGAACGCCAAGCAAACGAAUUAGGUCAUAUCCUGUCGCCAUUGAACUCAUGCAAACAAGAAGGAUGGGCUCCAGCCUUUAAAAUCAUUUUUGAUUCGUUGAACCAGUCUCUUGCGCCUAUAAUCGCCAUUCUGGCAAUCGCGUCAGCGGAAGUUAUUACUGUUUGUGUGGCCACGGGUCAACAAGUCUGGCAUCUGACCAUCCCGGAGAAGUCUUUCCCUAUUCUGGAGCAAUGGGCAUCCAUGUCAGUUGAUAAAUUACAACAGAUUUCACAAGACAUGAAGGCCGAAGACAGGCCGAAACUAAACAGCCUGUCGUUGAAUUCCGCUAUUAUCGACAUGUGUUUCAUGAGGCCAGUGGAUUCUUCGAACGAAGAUGCCAAGCUAUUACUCAGUCUUUGCAACGGGGAUCUUGCAAUUAUUCCCCAUGGCUUACAUACCGCUAACACCGAAACCUGCAAUGUCACGCAACUAAAGUCAGCGACUGAACCCAAGGGUCACUGGCUCAUUAGUUGCCACGAGUACCAACGUUCCAUUGUUGCGGUCCACAAAGGCACACCGGUCAAAGUGUCCCUCGAAGCAAAUCAAUUUACUGCAGAUCAGCUGUUUCCAACUGGUGCUCUGGAUCCAAAUGAACAUAUUCAAUGCAUCUCCGUCGUCCCUGCUGUCUACCUGAAAGAGCUGCAAACUUUCUACCUUGUGACCAGUCGGAUAGGUGAGGAAGCCAGGCUUAAGCUGUUGGAUGCUCGUGGGAUCAUCGCCGGGCAGUCGGAGCCCAUUCGGACACCCUUGACCAUCACGGCGUCUUGCCAUCUAUCCCCCGAUGACGGUGGAGUUCACUUCGCUUCCGAGCUACUGCACUUCGUGUUGGCAACGUCAGACGGUCUGCUAGUAGUGCUGGAAUUCAAUACCUCCGAGGCUUAUCGUCCGAGUGGAAAAAUGAUGCGACCUAUUGCACUGUACCCAACUGGAGAGUACAUUACGCAGCUGCAGCUGAUACCACGUCUGCCUCGGCACUUUCUGACUGGAUCAAGGAGCGGACGAAUGAACAUAUUCGCUUUGCUUUGAUUAACCUCACCUCACAUUCCCCAACAGAGUUUUGUUGUUGUUUCCUUUAAUAACAAUGAGCUCUUUGCUGCCCACAGAAUUGUCCUCUACGAUUUUCCAUCUGUCUUUUACUCUGCUCUUUGUGCAAACAUCACUUUGUUCACUUGUUGGUAUAAUUUCGUACUUUAAUCAUAAUAACCGUGAUGUAGUGAAUUUUCGCAUUAUAUUUCCCAAACAGCAUCUGUUGCGAUCAUCACGCU